AUAGGUAUCGCAGCGAUAACGAGCCAGUCGUGUCCUCGCAGCCGAUUAUUGCGGUUGCUACAUCAAUAUAUUUGUUCUCGUACAUUUAACCGCUGAAAAUAUAAUUCGCAUUAACAAGAACCUCGUCGCGCGCUUUGUGGAGUCAGGUGUCGGUUGAAUAUCUGCGCCUAGCCUUGCGUUUAAAACUGUCAAGGCGAGUGUGGAAGGAGUGCAACGUGUGGCUUGUAAACUGUUUAGCUUGUAAACUCGUAAGCGGUGGUGCAGUGACCCAUCAGCCGUGCGUGAAGACGGUACGAUGGUGCGCAAAGGGGAGAAGUCCACCGCCACCCUGCUCAGGACUCUGGCCGACACGCUCCGCUGGCAAACUCUCCGCGCCGUCACUUUGGUGCGUUCGGUGUAUUACGCGAAGAAAAAACGGAGAGCGCAACAGUACCUGGGCGAGGAUGGCUCGCACAAAAAAGAGAGGAAGUUAUAUAACGACGGCUAUGAUGAUGAUAACCAUGAUUACAUAAUCAAACAGGGCGAGAAGUUCCUCGACCGGUAUGAGAUCUCCUCGCCGAUUGGGAAGGGAUCUUUUGGACAGGUUGUGAAAGCGUAUGACCACGAGGAGCAGUGUCAAGUAGCGAUUAAAAUAAUUAAGAAUAAGAAACCCUUCCUAAACCAGGCACAAAUAGAAGUCAAGUUACUAAAAAUGAUGAACAGAGCGGAUCCUGAAAAUAAGUAUUAUAUAGUGAAACUGAAAUGUCACUUUAUGUGGCGGAACCACCUGUGCCUAGUAUUCGAGCUGUUGUCGUACAACUUGUAUGACCUGCUACGCAACACCAACUUCAGGGGCGUCUCGCUCAACCUAACGCGCAAGUUUGCGCAGCAGUUGUGCACCGCGUUACUGUUCCUUAGUCAACCUGAACUAAAUAUAAUUCACUGUGAUCUUAAACCCGAGAAUAUACUACUAUGCAACCCGAAAAGGUCAGCCAUUAAAAUUGUGGAUUUCGGGAGCUCGUGUCAACUAGGUCAAAGGAUAUAUCAAUACAUUCAAUCGAGGUUUUACCGGUCGCCGGAGGUGUUGCUCGGCGUGCCGUACGACCUCGCGAUAGACAUGUGGUCGCUGGGCUGCAUACUCGUCGAGAUGCACACGGGCGAGCCGUUGUUCAGUGGAGCCAACGAGGUCGAUCAGAUGAACAAAAUUGUCGAAGUGCUCGGCAUGCCGCCUGAUCAUCUGUUAGACCAGGCACACAAAACAAGAAAAUUCUUUGACAAAUUACCAGCGUCAGAAGGCGGUGGUUAUGUAUUAAAGAAGGUUAAUGGAAAGGAUGGAAGCGGUUACAGGAAGUACCGGCUGCCGGGCACGCGGCGGCUGCACGACAUCCUCGGCGUGGAGGGCGGCGGGCCCGCCGCGCGCCGCCGCGGGGAGCCCGGGCACUCCGUCUCCGACUAUCUCAAGUUCAAGGACCUAAUCCUCCGCAUGUUGGAGUACGACCCCAAACAGCGUGUGACGCCGUACUACGCGUUACAACAUAAUUUCUUUAAACGGACCGCAGACGAGUCCACAAACACACAACAAGCACAGUCGCAUCACCAACACGUGGGCGCGCGCGUGUGGGGCGGCGUGGGCGGCGGCGGCGCCGAGCGCAUGGACGUGGAGGGCGCGCGGCGCUCGGCCGAGCUGCUGGCGCCCGUGUGUCCGCUGGCGCACAGCCCCGUGGCCAUCCACUAGCGCCCCGCCACACUCCUGGACUGAAUCCGAUAUUUAUGAUUCUAUAUUUUUAUUUAAUACGAUAAGUCUGACUGUAAAGAAAUAUUAUGGUGACGAUUUGUUACGUUGUACCGUGUACCGUGUAUUUGUAUUAUUUGUUUCUUGAUCGCUUCACCGACAGUACUUAGAGAACGUUCCGAGAGAUCGCCGACCGCGACGGCGACGGUCCCGUUCAUCGCAUCCGGACGCAUCGAGGGCAUGAGAGCUAGGUUUUUUUAUUGUUACGCGAUGCAUAUCAAGGACGCAAUAUGGUAGAAAAUAAAUAUUGUAUAUAAAAUUUAGGAAACCGACUAAUCGAUACAGACUGCGACAUAAACUGGAUAAUCUAUAGUUUAGUUACGAUCUAUGCUAGUUAGGCUUUCGUUCGGUUUUAAUUAUCGCAAGCUUUAUAUUCUUAAAGUGUCGGCAACUGAUGACUGAAAUUCAAAGGGCCAAUGAGAAUUUGUUUAUACAAACGAAGAAAUAGAUUAAGUAUUUUUGUUAUUGCACAAAUUGAUUCGAUUCGACACACACUCGUACACACUUAAAUUAUUUAAAUAAAACUAUGCCCUCGCAUUUCAGAGUUGUUGUAUAUUGUAAAAAUGUUUUAUUUCGAAUGUAUAACGCUUGUGAUGAAGGUCCCAAGUGUUCCAUUUAACGCGUAUAGGUUACUUUGACCCAUUGGAAUAUUCAGACGAUGUGUAAAACAGAGAAUAGUGUAUAGGUAAUUCUAUAAAACACAAAAUGUACUUGUAGGUUAUGACAAAUGUUGAAACAUAUAUAAAAAUUUGGGUAUUUCAGAUAAGAGUUAAUAAAUUGAAUUAAACUGACUUGUUCAACCUUUUUGGAUUUGAAUCUACAAUAGACUAACCUCAUUGCAACAGACUGGUUGAAACUUUGUAAACGGAGAUAUUUUGUAUAGCAUACACUGAAUCACUGCCUUAUUGUGCCGGAACUUUUUAUGUGUAAGGCCCGCUACUAAUUAACGACUUUUUGGUCGCUCGAUGUAAAGUAAUCAAAUUAUUGUCAAUAUUUGGUUAUUGAGUUUUGUUGACUUUUGUUCGUGGGUGAUCUUAAAUUGCAUUUAAGAUGGCGAGAAUGUGGAUGCACACAUUCUAGAUAAAGGUUAGCAAAUGUGAAGUUGUGGGAUUGAGUGAGGAUUGUCUCGAGUAGCAGAUGCUGCCGAGAACGUGUACAGUUGUCCAUAGACUUGAAAGAUCUUGUUAGUAGCGGUCCUGGAGCGUAGCUUCUUUAUUCUGACCAUGUCGUGAUAUAGUAAAAUUUUUAUGUUCAAUUAUUUUUAGUUAAGAAAUUGACUGAAAUGACAAUUGUUCAGAAUAAAGCAGCUACUUAUGACGAAUUGCAACUGAUAGCAAAUUAUUUCAUAUCGCAAAGUAUUGUUGCGAGUUUUUAUAAAAUAAACCUUCCUAAAAUGGAUUUAUUUUUAAACGAAACACAUGUAUGGUACAGCUAUUCGUUUACAUGAAGCAUUAAAGUAUUUUUCUACAUUUGAUUUAUCUAAUAAUACGUGCUAUCUAUUUCAUUUAAUUGUAGAUUUGAAUCUAUUUCUAAUCUCGCUGUUCUGUAUUAUAAAUUUUUCAAAUAUCUGUAUAAUAUUUACUGUAAUACUUUUCUGCUUCAUGAGAUAUAGGGAUGUUAGAGAGAGUUAAGGAAUAAGUAUGGGAAACACGUUUAAUUUGAUAAUGUUAGAGCAAUAACGAUGUUAUCGACAGGCAGGUUUCCAAAUGUAUGUAAAAUAUUAAAUUGUGUUCGUGUCACUCCUGACUGUACAAAUGCGUAACUGUUCGUGUGAACCUCUGCUCUAUGUGGACGCUGAAGAUGUGGCCAGGGUCACUCCAGCACUGAGAGCGUUGUUGUGAGGGUCAGGCAACCCUCGGACUAUUUGUUCCAACGAUAUUCACGCCUUGGCUAUAGGCGCAGUGAUGGAAAUUCCACUGCGGAAACAUGUCAAAUGAUGUCAUAUAAAAGACGUUGGAGAGAUAGUUUGAGGAUUUGGAAUGGUGGACAGUCUGAGAUGAGAUAGGCGGAGGGUUUGGAAGGAUAGCAGUGGAUACUAGUUCAGAUUUCUGACUGAACUGCGAAGGUUCCCGGUCUCCCGGUAUCCUCGUACGCGAGGAGCUGCUCCACUCCUUCGUGUGACGCGGCGAGCCUCUUAGAUGAGCUCGUGCUCGAGCUUCUCAUACUCACUAUUUGGUAGGGGGAGAAAUUACUUGCUUAGAGUAUUGGUGCUCUCGAUAUACAAUGAGGUAAUUUAUUUGGUCGCAUCAUUGUAUGAUGUCCGCAUUACGAGAUACAUAUAUGCGAGAACCAAAUUACGGGGUCCUACAUACAAAAAGGUGGCAACUGCAUUGCGGUACGACAAAAUUUAAAAUGUCGAUGGACUCGCGCGUUGGACACGACGGACUUUGUGACGCGGGCACCGUGGAACUACUUCGCCGGUCUGCUGCUAUUGCUCAAUGUGCUGGAUAUUAUUGCUUAUUAGCGUUGUGUUUGGCGAUGUCGCCAGUAAGUGCCUGCACCAAGGUACACUAAUGUAAAUAGGGAUAUAGCACAUAAGAAGACAGUCGCCAACUGUCGGUAUUUAUAUUGACAAAAGACAAAUUACGCCAAAAUCAACAAAACAGAGGUUACAACAGAAUUUACAACAUUUGUACAGUCAGAAGCGGCACAUGUUAUCAAGUGUACCUAAUUGUAAUAUACAUUAUUAUAAUUGUUUUAAUAUUUUAGUUCCUUUUAACUGGAUAACUAUGCUAAAAUAGAUGCUGUAUCCACCGUAUAAUAUACAGUUAUAUGAUUUACUCAGUGUAACACUUGUGUAUAACUUAAGACAAUGAUUAAUUUAAUUUUGUGACAUAGCUACCUUGUUAUGGUACCAAGUCGAGGGGGAAAUCUGCCGUGAAAAUGUUAAUAAUUGACAAACUAGUCGGGAUGUUAAGUGAUAACGACCACGUAAAACACCAACCUUUGAUAUAGUUCUAACUAAAUCCAUUACUCAAGGAUGGCCCUAGAUGUUUGCGCUUGAGUAUGUAAUAUACUAUACUAUUUAUUUGUACUGUGACAGUAUGGGGUUAUAUGGAAUGUGUGAGUUGGCAUGUGGUGGUGCGCGAAGCGAUGAGCUAAAGUGUUUAUUUCCUAUCGGAUUGUCAGUUCGCAGGCACUGUAACAAUAAAAGGAUAGAGCUUUAUGUCACUAAGUUUUGUAUUUUAAAUCAAUAAACGAUAGCAAUUGA